UAACCAGUCAGUGUGUGGCGUCUAUGGGUGGUGUUAGUACGCGUCUGUUUCAACUCCCAGCCUGACGGAAUUUGUGUGUUUUUUUUUUUUUUUGUGUAACCACACCUACACAGUGGCUGCCAAGGCUUACCCAUGAGUUAAACCUUCUUUAGUUGGUAGUGAGGAAGGCGUGGGCUCUAGCAGUGGACACUCGAAGGCAGCAGUGGGUGAAAACAAGUAAAAUAAAGAAAAGUUUGGCUGUGAGGUGCUAGACAGCCAGCCAUAGUGACGAGGAGGCAGGUCCACCACCAUCACCACCACAAGGAAGCCACUGCAAACACAGCAUCUCCUGUGUUGCCUACAGUACCCGCGUCAUGGUCCCCUCCAGGAGGUUCUUCGUACUUGGAAACUGGAAGAUGAAUGUUAAUGCUUCCCGCAUUGAAAGCUUGUCAAGACUUCUCUCGGAGGCCAAGCUUGACCGCAAGACAGAGUUUGUGAUAGGUUGUCCUUCAUGCUACUUGUCACACGCUCGGCAGCUCCUUCCCAGCCACGUGGGUGUGGCUGCACAGAACUGCUACAAGGUAUCACGAGGAAACUUUAGCGGCGAGGUGUCCCCGGCCAUGGUACAAGAGUGUGGUGCUGAUUGGAUUAUCCUGGGUCACCCUGAGCGACGCACCAUCUUUGGAGAAACAGAUGACCUCAUCGCCGAGAAAAUCACUCACGCGCUUUCCGCCAGUGCAAAGGUGGUGGCGUGCGUCGUUGAGGGCAAGGAGGAUCGGAAUAGUAACCUGACAGAGGAGGCACUUGCUGCUCAAAUGCGAGCACUUGCCCCAGCCGUGACGGACUGGUCCCGUGUAGUGUUGGCUUUCGAGGCUCUCUGGGCCAGCGGCACCGGUGUGCUGGCCACCCCGAGUCAGGUGCAGGAGGUGCUCGCCAUGCUACGAAGGUGGCUGCGUCUCAACGUGGGAAAUCAUGUGGCAGAAAACACGCGCAUCAUCUACGCUGGUUCAGUGUCGGCUGCGACCUGUCAAGAACUGGCUCGCCUGCCUGACCUCGAUGGAUUUCUCGUGGGUAGCGCGGCACUCAAGCCAGAUCUAAUUCAUAUUGUCAAUGCUCGCCACCGUCGUCCUGGCAAGCUACCCCUCAUCUUAUCGCACCGGCCUGACCAACGUUGGGCAUAACUUCCCUCCUCCCCCCUUUCCGCCUCCUUGCUCUAUCUAGUUUGUAGUUUAUAUGGAAAUAAAUAAAUGAAUAAAUAAA